GUAACUUACGUACGGACGUUUUGAAAGGAGUCUGUGGAUGUUUCGGUGGUUCAUGGAGGAAGAAGGUAAACAUUAGGAGCAUAAAGCGGUCGGCAUUCGAGAGGUGCUGUAUCCUGACCUGACACGGCCCUCGAAGCAGGGGCUGGAGAAGACACACGAGCCGGAGAGGAGUGACCUGUUUUCCGGCUGCAGCAGCAGCAGCUGUCGGCGGUGAGUUUGUAGGUACUCUGGUGGUGUUUGCCUCUUCUUUGCGUUGCCAUGGCGAUGCGAGAAUUGGUUGAGGCCGAAUGUGGUGGAGCCAAUCCCCUCAUGAAGUUGGCCAGUCACAUGACCAAGGAAGAGGGGACAUGGCAGCACCGCACCAGCCCUGCAAUUCCACCAACUCCAAUUGAAAUUGCAACUGAACAAGAGCUGGUGAAUGAGUUCCUUCAGGCCCCUCCACGACCCCCCACCACAUUUGACAUGGGUCAGCUAUUGGAGGAAAUGCAGCAGAUCGAUCAGCAAAGCUACAGACAAGCUCCACAGAGAGCUCCUGAUGUGGCCGCACUGGCCCUCUCUGGUGAUUGGGCUGCCGAGUUCCUCUCCAGUUCAGAUUCUGCAACCACACCAGGUCUCACCUCUCUGGGUGAUGCAGCAGAUUCUGAUUGGACCAGAGAAUUUAUUGCUGAGGCUGCAGAUCCUGGUCGCUGGGCGGAGGAGUACCUGGAGCAAUCUGAGGAGAAGUUGUGGCUCGGAGACCUUGGAGACAAGGAAAGCGAAUGGACUAAAGAGUAUCAGUCAGGAGAUGAGCUGAGGCAGACGGCAAAUGAACUUGUUGCAAAGGUGGAUGACCCCAAGUUAAAAAACACAGAGUUCCUGAAAUUCAUUAGGCAGAUUGGCGAGGGAAGUGUGACAGUGGAGAGCAGAGCAGACAAACAGCUCACAGAUAAAGCUCAGGCCGAGGAGGCUCAGAACUGGGCCUCCAACCUCAACCAGGUUUCAGAGGAGUCAGCUGAGGCAUGGGUAGACGAGUUUGCCACAACAGGGCCGGAUUUUCAUCAAGCCAAAGCUGCAGUGGAGAGUGAUGUGGAUUUCUGGGAGAAGCUGCAGCAGGAGUGGGAGGAGAUGGCCAAGAGAGAUGCAGAGAGCCAUCCCUGGCUGUCUGACUUUGAUCAGUUACUCAGCACUUCUUAUGACAAGGGUUAUCAGUUUGAAGAAGAUAAUCCUUACCUGUCCCAUCCGGACCCUUUGUCAGAGGGGGUUAAAAGGAUGGAGGCAGGGGACAUACCCGGAGCCGUGCGGUUCUUUGAAAGUGCGGUACAGAAGGAACCAGACAACCAGCUGGCUUGGCAAUAUCUGGGCACCUGUCAAGCAGAAAACGAGCAGGAGUUUGCUGCCAUCAGCGCCCUCCGCAGGUGUAUAGAUCUUAAGAAGGACAAUUUGACAGCGCUGAUGGCGCUGGCUGUUAGCUUCACGAAUGAGUCGCUGCACAGGCAGGCCUGUGAGACGCUUCGUGACUGGUUGAAGCACAAUCCUAAAUAUCGCUCUGUGUGGGAGCAGCACGAGCGUGAACGCCAAAAAGACGGCCCUGGAAACAGGGAGAAGGAGAGCGAGAGGUUCGGGUCCCUUUUGCCAGAAUCACUAUUUACUGAUGUCCAGUCUAUGUUCCUACGGGCAGCCAACUCAGACCCCACCCAGGUGGACCCACAGCUGCAGUGUGGCCUAGGGGUCCUCUUUAAUCUCAGUGGAGAAUAUGACAAAGCGGUGGACUGCUUUAGUGCUGCUCUCUCUGUCACCCCCCAGGAUUAUCUGCUGUGGAAUAAGCUGGGAGCUACUCUAGCUAAUGGGAACCGGUCAGAAGAGGCUGUAGCGGCUUACAGGAGAGCUCUGGAACUUCAGCCAGGUUUCGUCCGCAGUCGCUAUAAUUUGGGAAUCAGCUGUGUUAACUUAGGCGCCCACAGAGAGGCAGUGGAGCACUUCCUGGAAGCUCUGUCUCUGCAGCGGCAGGCUGCAGGUGACGGCGUGAGAGCUCCUCAGGGGCCUGGAGGUAUCACAGGAACAGUAAUGUCCGAUAACAUCUGGUCAACCCUGCGCAUGGCUCUCAGCAUGAUGGGCGAGAGCUCUCUCUACGCUGCCGCUGACCGGCGAGACUUGGACAUGCUGCUGGCUCAUUUCAGCCAGAGGGACGUUGAUGGCGGGACGGAAUGAGGACCAGUCAGGGGAGGGCUUAUCAAGUGUGAAUGUGUUCUGCUGGGAUAUAAAUGUUUGGGUGAUUGAACGAAAAUGCUCAAACCUAACGGUUUGAUAUACGAAAAAUGCCAGAGGAAGACACUGUGAAAUCCACUGUGCUAGACACUAUUUUGAUGAUGUGGUUGUUUGUUUCGACGACCAUGUUUACCAGGUUUGCAGUAUUAGUCUCUAUGUGGAGGGAAGUAGCAAGCAGGGAAGUGUAUGAUCCAUGUGAGGUGCAGAAAUACUAGACAUGAAAAUAGGAAAAAGCAUGAGUUAUUUCCUUGUUUUCUGUAGUAAGCGGCGCCAUGUCAGAUUGUGUUCACUCUGGCAGGUAUGCAGACCGAAGGUACACAGGUUCUGUGACACUAAAAACAAGAGCAGCUUCAAAUCAAACGGUUUCGAGUAGUAGACUACAAAUGUUUUCUAAUUUAAUUUAAAUUUCCAGUGAUCAUUUUUUCUGCCAUUACAAUACCUAGAAAACCAGCAGGACUGUUACUGUUAUUAUGAGGUGUAUGCAUGUCAUGAUUGGUUUGGGGACAAUAAAGGGCCUCCAAAUGAUUCAAAUCUCAUAAAUCUUUGACAGCAUUUAGUUUUUUGAGGGGCUUUCUUUAAAUUACCCCCUUUCCUGUAUUUUCUCUUAUAAAACAGAAUUGUUUUCAUUGUAAAUAGCUGCAUAUGCCAUAAUGUUGAUUGUAAAAUAAUGGCGCACUAUAAUUGUGCUCAGGCUGCUUGUACCCUGACUGCAAUGUUUUAAUAUAAUAUUCAGCAAUAAAGCUUUGAUUGCAAACAUC